GUGUGGAAUGGAAAAGAUUUUACAGUUUUAGGUUAGUUGAAAACAGUGCCAUAACGGUUGUAUGCAUGUGAGCUGAGGCAAAAGAAUGAGUGGAAAUAUUGUAUUCACAACAGCUGAUUAUGAAGACAGUGAUGAUGAGGAUUUUGAUGAUGUGGAGGAAUAUGAGGACAAUAUGGAAACAUUUUCCUCAACUCCUGCAACAAUAGCAACACCAACAGGCACUGCAGCAACUCCAACAAACAGCACAGUUGUGCAACCAAAUGUGGCUACCCAGUCAGCCUCUGCUUCAGGGUUUCCAGGGCAAGGACUUUUAUCCCAAACUUUGCAGACAUUAAGCAAUGUUGUGCAACAUGGUGCCCAAAUGCUUCAAAGACAGCAACCACCUACUGCACAGGAUGAUGAUAAUGAUGAUGAUGUCAUUUUGGUAGAUGAACCAAAUCCUCCCCAAACAAGACAGGGUGGGCAAGAGUUUGUUCCCCUUCAUCGUCCACCAGUAGAGCUUGAGAGUACCAAUUAUUUGAGUGAGGAACAGUUAAACUUAUGGCAUGAUUUUUUCAAUGUUAAUCCAAUAAACUCGGAGGAAUUCUUUGUGGAGUAUGGUGCAUACUACUCAGCCAGAAGAACCCUAUGGAAUCGAGGUUGGGUCACCAUCACAGGUUUCCCUGGUGAUGGAAAGAAAUCCCUAGCUGAGCAUCUUCUCAUAAAGUUUGUUAAGAAACCCGAGAAACUUGUUCCAAGACCAGAGAUGAGACACAGAAAUGAGUGGGAAAGAACAGCAUUAGAUGAAGAAGGCAGAGAACAAUACACUGUUGUGAUCGUCAACUCUUAUGAAGAAUGGAGACGCAAAGUUAAUCCUAGCAAAAAACAGUGUGUGCUGAUAGAUAAGAUAUUUGGUCCCGCAACAUACACUGUAUCAAAGGUUGAAGAGUGGAUAAACCAUCUUGAUGAAGUUCUUGAAACUGCUGUCCAAAAUAGACCCAACACUUUAGUUAUCAUCACAUUUCAAAAGCAUCAACUGGAGAAAAUUCACCCAAGAGUAACACUAUGUCCUUUGUUUCAAACAAAACAUGUGAUUGAUCUAUCAUUAGAUAAGUACAAGCCUGGGAAUUAUGACAGGAUGAAGAUUCUAGAAGGUUGCUGUGGAGGAAAGCAUGGCUUAUCUUACAGAGAACAGGAUGAGAUUGAGAAAGCUAAUAACAACUCGUACGCCUACCAUAGCCGACUCUACGCAGGUGUCAAAAGUUUCCAUAUGGAAGGACAGCAGUAUUUCAAAAACCCUGAAAAAUCAGUGGAAACUGUGCUUCAGAAAGUAUAUAGUUUUGAUAAAAUUAUUUACUACACUCUGGCAUGUGUGGGGUUGUUGGAUGGAAAGAUUGAACUGGAUAAAGAGAGGUUUGAAGAUUAUACAGAUUUUCAGCAAAAUAUAUUUAGACAACUUAGAACGGCUUUAAGUGUUCCAGAUGAUAUGAGUUUGGAAAAGAUGAGGUACGCAUGUACUCUUCUUUCAGGAGUGUUUCUGGAACCAGUUCAGUUGCAUCAUUGGAAAUUCUGCCAUGAAAGAAUGUUCUACUUUGUGACUGAUUCAGUAUUUAGAAAAAUUCCUCAAAAAAUUCUGGAAAUCUGUAGUUUAGAUUUUUUGAAUGAACGCAUUAGAACAUCUAGUUACUUCACAAUUACCAUGGAAUCUAACCUGAGUGUUUGGAAUAAAGACUAUAGUUCACUGAGCCAAAGACUUGUUUUUGAAAUUUUGAAAGGCAAUGUCAGACUUAUAGCAUCACACCCAAGUCUGUGUGAUGUGAGAUUUGGAGAAGCUUUUGUCAAAUUCAUGGGGGAAAUGGGAAAUCUGCAACCUGUCCUUCAGCAAAGGGGAGAAUAUAAUCGUACCUUUUUCUUUUGGGUUUGCUACUAUGGACAAGACCAAACCAUCAAGCAUUUAAUAAAACAUGAUGAUUUUAAAGACUUCAAACAACAUGAGUGGUUCAAAGAAGAGUUGGGCAUCUCUCUGUUUGCAGCUUGCUAUGGGAAUGGCAUGAAUUACGGAAGACUUGUAAAAAUGCUGAUAGAAGAAGGAGCUUCAUUGACUGCAAGUGACCCAAUACAAGAUGAAGAUUUUCUUGUUCUAUAUGGACAAGAAAUAUUUGAUUUGGUUAGGAAGCGCAGAGCCCCACUGCUUCAUGUUGCAGCAGUGUAUGGGUCACAUGAUACAAUGCAAGCUUUGAUAGAGAAAGGUGUAAAUGUGAAUGAGAAGACAGAAGAUGGAUUUACAGUUUAUCAUAGAGCUGCCAGAAAUCCAGAUGAUGGAGCACUUAGAGCCCUUUUAAAGUCAAAACCAGACAUCAAUUCUAUUAAAAGUGCAACUGGAAGCUUGCCAAUUCACGAAGCCAUACGAUGUGCGGGAGAAAGUGCAACACGUCAGCUACACUGGAGCGGAAGUGACAUCAAAGACAAUUACAAAAUGGAUGAUGGUAGGUCAAUGCUAGCUGCAGCAACUGGUGUUGGGGUAGAAGGAAUUGUCAGGACUAUUACGAAUGCAAUGACAAAGCCAAAGCCCGAAGGAUGCCAAGAUAACUGGCCACCUUUACAUACUGCCUGUGCCUUUGGAAAUAUUGAACUAGUAAAGACUUUGCUUGAAAGAGAUAUACCUGUUAAUGCAAAAGGCCUUGGUGGAUGGACUGCACUUCAUUUUGCAGUACUUUUCAAUCAACCGAGAAUAAUAAGCAUGUUACUAGACAAAAAUGCAGAUGUCAAUUGCCAAGCAGAAGACAAGAAAACCCCUCUGCACAUCGCAGCAGAAAAUGGUUAUUGGCAUCUGGUCGAUUUUCUGUUGGAUAAAAAGGCCACUCCAGAAAAUACCACAAAAGAGGGUGACUUUGCAAUAACAUCAGCAGCUUUGAACGGUCACAUAGAAAUAGUGAAAACAUUGAUCGAAGAAGGGAUAGAACUUGAGUUUCCAAAGGAAAGGGAGGAAGAUCCACAUGAAAGAGAGCGUAUGUACCGAAUGAUGAUGAUGCAUGCACGAGAGCGCGAGAGAGAGCGAGACAACAGGAUGAAAAUGCGAAACAUGAAAGAUUUCAAGGAUAUGAAAAAAUAGUGGUGUCCCUAAAGAAAUCUUUGUCUUUUCUUAAUGAAAAUACAAUUUUUGAAAUACCAAUGCUGCACAGUUGUUAUGAUGAGAGAGCAAGGACGAAAGGCGAGAAUCUACUAUCAGGGGUAAAGAACAAGGGCCGAUAACAUCAUCUGCAUGGACGUUUAGACUUUCAUUUGUUGGUUACAUGUACAUGUAGUUGUCGACUGACUUAGCUUGGACUUCCGUGAAGCAGUCUCCUCAUGUAUUCCUAAUGCCAAUAAUAUGGACCUGAUUCUUGUAAACAGGCAGCAGCAGUUGACCGGUCAUUCUUUAUGCUUAUAAAUAUUCUUAAUAUUCAAGGACGCUGAAUUUAUUUUAGUUUUAUUGUAUACUUUAAACAAAAAUCAUUCGUUGUUAUAAUCUUUAAAAUUUUAUAUUGUUUUACACGUGGAACUGAAAAUGAACUUUAAAAAAUUCUGAAAAUCGGCAAACAAUAUCUGUGCACACCCCUUAUUCUCCAGAAGACUGGAUUUUUCUUAAUUAUUAUACGCCACGCAACAAGUUGCAUGAGGCACAAUGUUUUUGACCCGUCAGUUAGUCAGUCAGAGUGUCAGUCCGUCAGUCCUGUUUUUUUUGUCAGCGCAACCAGGGAUGGGGUAAUCGUAAUCAGCUGUAAUCGAUUACAGUUUGCCAAGUAAUCAUGAGUAAUCAAUAAUCGCCCAUUUUUCUGAUUACAAGUAAUCGUAAUUUAAUCGAUUACUCUGAAAAAAAUCCUGUAAUCAUGAUUAUACUUUUUGAUUACUUUAUGAUUACAAUUAUUAAAACAAAGUUCAUGAAAUAAUGAUUUUUUAAUAAUAUUCAGUGAGCAAAAGUUAUUAUAAAAUUAUAAGCUAUUUUAGUUAGGUGUCUCUUCUAAUGCUUCCAGAAAUGUUAAAAUCAGGUCCAUUGUCCAGAAAAUGAGUAAAUUCUAUCAGUUUCUAGCUAUAUUCAGUAGUAAUUUCAAAAUACUUUAGCAAUUGGUCAUUUUGACUUGAUAUAUGUAUAAUUAAACUGGAAGAAAAUUACUACAGGGUCGUUUUAAAGUUUGGUUGUUUUUGGUUUCAAUCAAUUAUAACAUUAUGAAAUGCAACAUUUUGUUUUCCCUAUAAAAAAUAUUUUUUAAUAAACAUGUUUUUUUUAAAAUAUCAGAUAUUCCUUUAUUGAGAUGUGUAUUCUAAAAUUUACUUUGUUUGAUUUUCAGUGUACAUAAAAAGAUAUGUGAAUUAAUUAGUAAUAAAACACCAGUAAAGCUUGGUCAGCUUGGGGUAUAACAAUUAUUGAACUAAUUGCAUGCUUGCCCAGUCAAUGUGUUAAUUCUUGUAAAAACAAUAGUAAUUGGCAGCUUAAUGAAAAGCUCAUCACUCAUCAAGAAGGUCAAUUACUUGUUUAACAGAACCUCAAUCGAAUCCCUUCAUGCAUAACUAUAAUUAUGUCCAGCUUAGCUUGAUAAAUAAAUUAUCUUUAUUUCUAACUCAAUAACACAGAAAUUUUAUUACUUGUAUUAAAGAUAGAAAGCAUGAACUUGAUAAAUCUUAUACAUCUGUGUAAAGAAAUGUACCACCAAACUUUGUGUUGGUUCUACCUUCAAAAUAUAAAUGAUAUUUAAAAAGAGAAGACUUAAAAAAAAUUCUGUUGUCCUUGAACAUUAAACAGAAAAAAAAACUUAA